AAAUGGUUUUCUGGUAAACAAAAAAUCAGGCCUGCUUCGGAAUUUUGCUCUUUCUUUGACACUAAUUCCUCAACACUUGCACUCUGUUUAUUUGCAUUUAAUAACAUUUUAAUAAAUAUGUACCAUGUUGACAAAUUGUAAUGGUUUGCACUGCCUCUUAUGUGACGUGACGUAUAGCAAAUUUCGUGUCAAUUCUUUUGAAGAUACCGUAAAACAAACAAUAAAAUUGCUAAACUUUUUAUCGUUAUGCACGGUUUUAUUUAGCACUUUGUGUUUCAACCAGUAAUUAAAUAUUUGUUUUAAAUAUACGUUGUUUUCCAGUGGACAAAACACAAGACAGAAUGUCCGCUUUUGAGACUUCAACAGUGUGUAGCUACAGCGAUUGCUCUGGACUCGAGGUGUUCGAUGCAAAUUAAAAAAAAAGAAAAAAAAAGAGAACUGGUUGAGUAUUUGAGGACCAGGGCUGAAAACCAUUUGAUAUAGCUGUAAAAUUCAGUAAUCCUGAAAGCAAUGUGGUUGAUUACCUAUAACCUUGUUCAUUUCAGCCGUCCAAUGAAAUGAUGCUGCAGUUUUACAGUUACUACAAGCAAGCUACCCAGGGACCCUGCAACCUUCCCAGGCCUGGCUUCUGGGAUCCUAUAGGCAAAUACAAAUGGGACGCUUGGAAUGGCCUGGGGGAUAUGUCCCGGGAGGAAGCAAUGAUUGCCUAUGUUGAAGAAAUGAAAAAGAUUAUUGAGACCAUGCCAAUGACAGAGAAAGUGGAGGAGCUGCUUCAUGUACUGGGACCGUUCUACGAAAUCAUUGAAGACAACAAGAAAAUCCACAGCGUGUCUGAUCUAUCUUCAGUCCGAUUGGAGAAGUUUGCUCGGUCACUGGAAGGCAUUGGAAAUAUGCUUACAUCAACCCCAAACCUCAAGGAAUUGAAUGGCAUACAGGAGGGCAGUGACAGCGGACCAGAGUCCGAGAGUGAUAACGAGGAGGACGAGGAGGAGGAGGAAGAUGAAGAUGAAGAGAAGGAGGAGUCUGAGAAAGAAGACAGCGUAACGGAUCUAAAGCUCAUGAUAGAAGACUCUGCAGCAAAGGAGAAAAUCCCUCUAGCUAACGGCAAUGCAGAGAACCAGCACCCCUCUGUAGUGAAUGGGUCUCCUAGCAACAGGUCAGUGUUGAACGGGAACAACUCGGAAGAGAAACUGAACCAAAAGAGCCAGACCCUGGAAUCUCCUGAACUGUCAGAUGUCAACAGUCACGUCACUGAGCACAGCGAAGAUGUUUCCAGUCUGCACCACUUAACAAGCGACUCAGACAGCGAGGUCUACUGUGAUUCUAUGGAGCAGCUUGUCCAAGAGGAGAGCUCUGAAGUAUUCCUAAACCACUCGCUGGAGUUCCAGGAAGUGAACCACAGCCAGUUGUCACCCAGGAUGGACCUCCCUGAACCAGUGCAGUUGUGGAGCGUGGAUGAGAGCCGCGCAGCCGGGAGCUUGCAGGGUGGAGCAGAGGGAGUGAAGCGUGGAGGGGAGGAUGGGAAGCCCAGUGGAAGCGGGACACAGAAAGAGAGACUGGAAAAGACAGGAUACUCAGGACUCCAGCAAGGGAGGGGCUCCAGGACGCAGGCAACGGGCGGAGGUGUCCAGGGAGUGCAGCUGGGCAGUGGGGGAGAUGGGGAUCGGUGGGGGACGGAGGACCUAGCGAGGGGCAGUCUCAAUGAACAGAUCGCUGCAGUCCUCACGAGACUGCAGGAGGACAUGAAGAGUGUCCUGCAGAGACUGCACACCCUGGAGGCACAGACCCAGGCUAGAUCCUUAACCUUGCAACCAAGUUAUCCAUCUUCUGUAAACAAGAAACCCUCCUGGUGGCCUUUUGACAUCUCUCCUGGCACUCUGGCCUUGGCACUUAUUUGGCCCUUUGUGGCUCAGUGGUUGGUGCGUCUUUAUCUUCAGAGAAGGCGAAGAAAAAUGAAGUGAACAUUCACCUUUUACAAGAUUCCAUGGUGACAGACGGCUCUUGAAUUCGGAACUCAUUGUUCAUUUGUUAGCAUUGCUGUCUCUCACAUGUUCUAUACACCUGGCUUCUGCACUACAGUGAUGACACUGCUAGAGAUAAGUGGACACCUAUAGCAACUACUGAUACUUGAAAUUAAUCCAGUCAUUCAGAAAAGAGAAAAAAAAGGAAUGUACUCUUAAUUCUCUAGAAUCAAGCAAGGUUUUCAUUUUUCAUUUCCUUAGAUUUUUGUAAAGCUUUAUUGUUAGCAUUUAAAAUACUGCCUCUAAUAAUUAUUGGAAGGAAUGCACUGACCAUGUACAGUACAGUACCGGUUAAUAGUUUGAUUGCACAUGUACUCUUUUUUUGAAAAACAUAAUCUGUUCAAAGCAUGCUUUUGUUUUAAUAGCAGAGGCUGUUUAAGGCAUUGAUAAUUUAUUUAAUUAUGAAAGACUUUAAUAACUGUAACUUCUUUCCUAUAUUCCACUAUCUCACCACAGAAUGAGUCUGACACACACCUCUAUCUUUAUCCAUAGUCUUUCUCCAGUCAAGCUAUUCCAUGUUCAAUACAGACUUGCAGUGAAAUGAACAGAUAUGAAACACAGGCAAGUCAAAGUGGUUCAGAUCUCUAUUUUGAACAAAGGGUUAUUUAACGGUUCACUAAAAGAUUAUUUACUGUAGUUCUUUGUUAUAUUGUUAAUAUUAUAAGGAAAUGUUAACACUUGAAUCAAGCUUGACGUUAAAAACAUUUGUGGGCUUAAUCUCAUUUUGUUAAAAGGUUGUAGACUUAGAGAUUUUAUAUAUAUAUAUAUAUAUAUAUAUAUAUAUAUAUAUAUAUAUAUAUAUAUACAACCUGAUUAAUUCUGUUUUAGUAAUCUGUCUGUUUAAACUGUAUGGGGCCAAGUUUUUCAUACAGGGAGAGACAUCAUGGUCUAUAAACAAGUUGAGUGGCCCUUCUCUAGUAGUAUUUUAGUGUGGUUUGUGUGUACCCUGGUUUAGUUUCAGUAAUAAUGAUGGCUAUUUUCAAAAAAGCAAUUUGAUUAUAUCAGUGGUUGAUAACACUGCAGCACAGAGAUGGAAUUGUAAAUCAGGACUGGAGCUUUAAUCUCAACUCCAGUUUGAGGUCCCUGUUCACAGGGAGGGUUGGUUUAACCAGAAUAACCACCAGUCGAUAAUUAUUUUUCAGAGAUUGUAAACGCUGCCUUUCAUGAGCAGUGGAAAAAAAUGGAGAUUGAAAAUGAAUAUUUAGAUCAUUAGUUAUGGCCACCAGCAACUGGAGUUAAUGAUCACAGGGCACUUGUUGAGGUGGUUAGUAAAGUAUGCUCCAUGAAGUAUGCAUUGAAAUGCUUUAAAACAGAUUUAUAAUGUGCUUCAUGGCUGAUACUGCACAGAUAAUCUUUUUUUGUGGUGUGGUAAAACAACCCCCCAGAUCUUUAUUACUUGAAGCUGUGGAGUCUCAGCAGAACUUUGGAGGGGAAGGUAAUUCUUGUAAUUCUUCAUCAUACUUGUAGAGCCUUUCUUUAUCGUUUCAUUAAGUAGUGUACCUUAUUCAAUGAAUCGAUCCCUCGUACUACCUUCAGCAACAUUACAUUUAUCAUCACAAUUCAAACUCAUUUCAUUUAAAGAGCUGCUGUCAUUUUCACCUACCUUUUUAGUUUCUUUUUUUAUUUGUUUGUUUUAAAGUACAUGGAGCUAACAAAAAUAUUCCAGUGACACUAAUUUCUAUUGUCAUUACUUUGUAGGUUUUACGUUUUCUGUUAAAGACAGACACGUCAUUGUAAACAUGCAUUUCAUCAGUGAAUGUUUUAAUUUAUUAAUGUAAUGUUUACAGUUGCUGCUUGUAGUUUUUUCAAUCCACUGUCACUAGUAGGAAAGCAAAGGUGUUUAAGAAGUGAAUCAUAUGAAUAGCAUUGAAUACGAUGGGUUACAGCACUGAGGACAGCCAAAGCAUGGGGCUUCUGGGAGUUUUAAAAGAACUCAAACUCCCAGAAUCCCAUGCUGUGGCAGUCAUUCCCAGUAACCCCUGAGGAAGCUUCUUUUUCCAGUGAAUAAAGUUUACGUAUCCAUUCAUUUAUCAUGUGAAGUAGAAAACCAGGGAUGCGACAGAAGUGCAGCAAUGAGAUAUCUGCCAAGAGAAAUCAGUGAACUUUGUUCAGGAAUAGAUUCAGAAAAAAAAAACAUUAAAAAUCUAAUUUUACAUGUGUGUCUUUUAUAAUGCAACAUGUAAGAUCUAUGCAGUGAUGGCAGUACAUAUUAGGUAAAAUGUGCUGUAAUUAUUUUGUUACCUCUAUGUAGUUUAACUCUCUUUUUUUUCAAGGAAUAGAAGGCCUCCAAAGGACUGAUGAGAGAGACCAUUUCAAGUUAUUGCUGUCCAUUGCAUUUACAUGUUUUUAUAAUAGUGCUUGGAUGAGAUCAUGUUUUGUUCCCCUCUACUUUGAAUUUACAGUUAAUAUGGUCAGCUACCCUAUAUAUUUUUUUGUUUUUGUCUCAUUAAAUGUAGUGUAAAUUUUGUCUAAUAACAUGUUAAUAGUUGUACAGUUCAGAUUGUAGAAAAUAUGAAUAUGAAAGUGAAAUAUUUUAAUUACAUUGUGUUAAUAUAGCAGAGUAUAGAAACCUAUAUAUUCAGUUACCUGAAAUUAUGCAUUGUGUAACAGGACUAAUUGAUAUAGUUCUUAAGCUGUCGAAUGAAACUUUUUAUGAAAAUGAAAGUACUAUUGCAUUGUUGCCUAUUUGCAGACAUCUUUAAGCAUGACAGACUAAAAUGCUCAAAAGCAUGAAUAAAGUUUUCAUAAAAUGUA